AUGUCGAACCGUCAAGCGGCCCGCGACAUGAACGUCGAGUUCCAGGCUCGUUUCCAGGCCAAGCAAGCCCGGCGAGAAGCCCAAAAGGCCGCCAAGCAGGACCCUUUGUUGAAGAAGCAGAUCCAAGAGCUCCUCAAGAAGGGCGAGACACAAAAGGCUUACCAAAAGGCCAAGAUUCUCCUAUCGAAACAGGCCCUCGCCCAGCAGAUGGAUCAGAUUGCCGACAUGGCCGAGCUCAACUCGUCGCAGAUCCAGGCUAAUAAUGCCAUGAACCGCAUGACCCAGAUGAUGGGGCAGUCGUCGCGUGUCAUGAAUGCUGCCCAGAAGAACGCCAACCCUGAAAAAACCCUCCUCACCCUUGAACAAUUCAGACAGCAAAACGAGGAAUACGCCAUAUCCAACAACAUCUACCAAGACGCCAUGACUCAGUCCACGUCCGCCCAGGUCCCCGAGGAUGCCGUCCAUGAGCUUCUCGGAAAACUCGCUGAUGAUGCUGGCAUUGAGCUCAGCAAGGAACUCAAUCAGGCCACACCCGCCAACGCUGAACCUGCCUCGGCUGCUGCUGAGCCCUCGGCCGAGGAGGAGGAUAAGCUCCAACAGAGACUGCGUGCCCUGAGGGCUUAA